CAUGGCCGCCGCCUUUACCAAGACCUCCUGAUUCAAUGGCAUGGCAUGUCGGGCGUGGCAUGUCCGUGAGACAUGUCCGACCUCAACGGACGGCAGCUGCAGGCCCCACAGGAGCAGAGCUGUCCUGUCUUUGCUGUUGGGCCUGACAUUGACGGAGACUGUCGCUGUCUUGAGAGCCAGCCGAAUUGCUUUCAGGACAGUCGGCAGCAAUGUUUUCGCGCAGAUGGCCGCCUGGAUCUCCACUACUUUGCUGUAAGCUGUGAGACUUGUAUGUGUCAGUCAUCCAUUGGCGAUAGCAGCUCCAACGGCGAGUCAGAGAUUACUUGUGCCACUGCAGAUGGGGCUCAGGAGGUGACACUGGCCCCAGAUGCAGCAGGUCUCUGCUACUGUCCCGACUCGUUGCCUCACUGCGUGCUCCUGCCAGAUGAGCUAGAAGGAUGUGUCGAAAGUCAAACCGCUGAGACUGUGCUCACAGAGGCAUUUCCAGCAGGUUGUGUUGCUGAGCGCUGUGCUUGCCGCGCUCCUUGCCCAUCUUUUGCGCAGAAAAGGUUUGCUGAUCCCUUGGGCGACUGUGCUUGCCCCACUUCGACCCCGCUGUGCUACGAAGAUGGUGUGCAGGGCUGCACAUCAGCAACAGGGACCACAUCCAAGGCAUACUUCGCGAGCAGCUGUGGUUCUCACUGUGAAUGCAUCCAGCAAUUCAACUACCAGUGUGACGCCAGGACCUGUCUUGCGAGCACUGACUGCAUCUUUUCGACGUGCAGGGAUUGCGAUAUUUGCAAAGGUAUCACCAGGUGUCCGACACCUCCUGGAGAUGAUACCGUUAGCCUUCCCGACUGGAGUGGAAACUGCCGGUGUCCAAAUCAACAGGUGUGCUUCGAAGGGGGGGAGCAGAUCUCCUGGUUGUCCAAUUGCUCCGUCCGGACGCUCUCAAUUCUCCUUUCAGGUGACCUGUGUAGAUUGCAUUUGUGGUGAGCAAACAGGCAGCAGUGGCAACGUGAAGUGCCCCAAGUUCGCACGCGACAACGUCCCUGGUUUUUCGGGUGAUUGCAUUUGUCCAGAUGAACUGCCAGACUGCUAUCAAGAUGGUGUGAAGUGGUGCUUGAGGACUGACGGUCAACGAGAUCUGCACUAUUUUGACCCGGGCUGUUUGGAUUGUGAUUGCCGUGCGGCAACCCAAAGGAAUGGUACAGAUGAGCAGGUCAAGCCAUGCCCCAGCUUUGCCAAGUUCUCUGAGUCCAGCUCGUACCAGAAUUGCCUUUGCCCAGAUGACCUGCCCGUUUGCAUCCAGCAGGAUGGUGCAGCAGCGCCCGGUAGAGCUGGACCAUACUGCCGAGUUGCCCAGGGCUGGGACUCCUCCCGGGAGUUCCGGUAUGAUUGCACCACCUGUUCCUGUGUGGGCAUCGAUGGGGAGGGUUUGCAGCUUCGGGACUUCGCGCCGGAGGAGCUGUUGACAGCUGCUGGUGUCACCUACGUGCGCAUGAACCUUGCAUUUGAUAUUCGCCUUGUUAAUACCGACAAUUCUCUGAAUGAUUGGUCCCUGGUUUCAGAUCGAGUACUCCUCUCUGAGUCCAGCAGGCAAGUGAUUGCAGACGCUGCAGCCUUCGCAAUUACCGGGCAAGGCCAUUCGGUGAUGGGCUAUUGCAACGACUUGACGGAUGUAACUAGCAGGACUGUGAAUGGAGGAGACUACGAGGGCAUUCGCAUCCAUCGGCUGUUCGCAGAGUUGGGAGUCAUGUUUGCCGAAGGCUCAGGCAGGCGCUUGGCGAUACGAGACAGCGAGGAUCCGACUCAGCUGCACCACAGUCGGUCUUUGCAGAGUGUCAAAGCUGUGGACCAGCUGACCUUGCAAGAGCACGAGCUGUUGUUGAGUUUGUCGACCGUGUUUCGACCAAUGCAGUUCAAGCAGCAGCUGGAUGUGCAAAUGCAGCUCCUUUUGGAUGACAUGGCGAGCUGGCACCCAUCUCCCGGUUUGGUGCAGCCUCCUCGAUUCUCUGUGAGCCGAGCACAGCUUGGAGAUCUUCAGGACCUGCCCACGCUGGAGAUCACUGGGCCGUUAGCACGCUCGCCACCAGUGACCAACAACAUGAAGGAUGCCCCAGAUGUAGGGACCAGCUCAGAACCCACGCAGGGAGAUCUUCCUCAAGAUGAGGGGAUAGAUCUCAUGUCCCUGUUGCCUGUGGGUAUCUCUGUGGUCUCUCUACUUGUAGCUUUGCCGCUGCUCUAUUGCUGCCUGCGCCGGUUCCGUCGCUGCCUGCGCCGCCGCCGCGAGAAGCGGAGGUCCAAGAGCUCUGACGGCUCCCGCUCGCCGCGCUCGCCGCGCUCGCCGCGCUCGCCGACCGGCUCGCCACGCUCGCCGCGGCCUGCGUCGCCGCGGUCGCCCCGGGGCUCCCCGCGGAAUGUGGCAUCGCCUCGCUCGCCCAAGCAAGGUGUUCGAGAGACCCGAGAGACGCCAGACCCGACAGAGUCAAAAGCCUCGCAGAAUCCUGAGGAGGUUACUGCAACCACUUCCUUCAAGCCCACCAACAGCAUGCGUGUUGUCCAGCAGGCGACUACCUCUGUUUUUGACAAGAAGAAGCCGAAUGAGUCUGCGGUGGGUGACCUGGCAAUCCGCCAGAAACUGGGGCAAAAGAGCACGAGUGCUGCAGCAAGCUCGGCUCUGGCCGAGACAGAGAGUGAUGAAAACAAGGGAAAGAGGGGCUUCAUGGGCCGGAUGCGCCGCAAAGACAAGGAGAAGGACCAGAAGGAGAAGGGGGGAAGCCCUAAUCAGUCCCCUCGCGCUGCAGAUAGGUCGCCUCGAAGUCCUCGAUAGCAGGCCAUCUGAGUGCCGUGUGGUACAACCUGGAGCUCCUGCAGGUUAGAGCUCCAGGUGCUAAUGGGCUGAGGCUGUUGACCGCCAAAGGUGGUGAACAGUCGAUGCAUUGGGCCAAAGAAUGCCUGGCAGCGAAAAAUGGAUUGAAAUGGGUG